UGAUCCAGGAAAUUUGAAGAGUAUGCUCAACCAAUUUGGCAGAAACUGUGAGCUGUGAGAACAAGACACAGUUCUUUGUGUGUCUCUCUUCAUUGAACUUGUGUUGAUCCACACAAAAUGAUUAGACCUAGGUUAGACAUACUAUUGGUUUAUGGCAUUAUAGGGGUUAUUAGAAUUUAUGCUCACUUUGUGUGCAUACAAAAUAUGCUAUAAUGCAUAAUAAUAAAUUGAGCCAAACUGACAGAUGUAAGUUGUUGAAUGGAAUAACUAGAUCUUGUGUUUGGGUUAAAUUAGAAGUAAUAUCUGGUGCAGGCAAGUGCACUGUAUGUGUGACCUGCGCACAGAAUUGUAAUUGUCUUUUGAUCCUAAUUAUUUCCUCAUCUUCAUCAUUAGCUUUAGAUUUUAGUUAAUUAAGAGGAAAAAAAUGGGAAUUGUAAAUAUUGAUUUCCAAUAUGGGUAUAUUCUUGUGCAUAUGAGUUUCGCUGGAAUACCUACCCACCAAAAGCUUGGUGCUUUUACGAUGGGCUUAUUUACAUAUAGCUGAUGAAUGGGUACAAACUUUGCUCCUCUACAAGAAAUGCAGCAUUAACGGACAAAAGCACGACAACUGAUGAGCACAUCCGCGAUCAAAUGAAGCGUUCAUUCUUUCUCUCACAUUAUUUCCUACCUAAUGGCGACGUGACCAGUAAGGUAAAGACAGGCCGCAUCGUAGUUGACCCUUGUAGAAGUAACAGCGGACUGUUGCACGUCUUGCAUGACACUGUCGUUAAUGUUAAACCGCAAUUACAGACCUCCGACUCUGCACUUUCGACUGGAAUUGGAAGUGCGUGACAUUCUUGGUGUGCCGGGUUUUCAGCACAGUUUGAAGUCAAAAUGACGGCGAUAAAAAUAAGGGGUAUGGCUCCCGCUCCCCAAGGGAAAUCUCGGCCUCUCUUCCUGGAGGUGUUUUGUCGCACCCUGAUCAUCCUGUGUUUGGUUCUGUCCGUUGUUUUGUCCUCCAUGGCCGUCUGCGAUGGACACUGGCUGCUGGCGGAUCGCCGUGUUUUUGGCCUCUGGUACUUCUGCGUGAAGCAGGUGGAGGGUUCGGGUGUGCCGUCUAACUGCAGCAGGCAUGGUGGGCUGGCAGCGGCGGAGCGCUUGGAGCUGGGGCUGGGUGCGUGUCGUCUCGUUGCCUCUCUGGCUGUGGUGAGCGCCAUUUUCGGCCUGGAGCUGCUUGUGAUGUCACAGGUCAGUGAGGGGCAGGCCUCUAGUCAACGCUGGCACCUUGGGGCAUGGCUUGUGCUGCUGGCUGCGGGAUGGGCUGCAGGAAGCGUCGCAACCUUUGUGUGCCUCUUAUGGGAGUAUGCUACACCUCGGGGCUUCACUCUCACAUUCUGGUGCCAAUUUACUGCAACCUUCCUUUUCCUCCUCAAUGGUAUGGCAGCAAGGCACAUCCAGAAUAUGGCCUCAGCGCUGCCUUCCAGUGGCGAUUUCAGGAAACUGUAGGUAUUGUCCACUAGAGACAUAACGGUCAGUGUUGUUGGACAACCCCGCCCCCAAAGCAGAGCUAUAUUUAGUGUGGGUUAUGCAGAACCCGUUAAAUAGUUAUUUUACAGAACUAUGUAUGUAAUGAGAAUGUAAUGCUCAAGGUUACUUCUGUUAACUUGAAUCUUUCAGCAUGUUCGCAAUAAGACUUUUCAAUAAAGUUACAUAUUUUCACAA